AUGACCGAGGAGAGUCGGAGUGAGCACCGGGCAGAGAGCGGGAAGGACCUGGAGAAGCAGCUCCGAUUGCGCGUCUGCGUCCUCAACGAGCUGCUGAAGACCGAGCGGGACUAUGUCGGGACACUAGAGUUUCUUUCGAAGAGGGAGGAGGAGGAAGAAGAAGAAGGGGAAGAAGAGGAAGAUGAGGAAAAUGAGGAAGAAGGGGAAGAAGAGGAAGAAGGGGAAGAAGAGGAAGAAAGGAGGAAGGGGAAGAAGAGGAAGAAGAGGAGGAAGGGGAAGAAGGGGAAGAAGAGGAAGAAGAGGAGGAAGGGGAAGAAGGGGAAGAAGAGGAAGAAGAGGUGGAAGGGGAAGAAGGGGAGGAAGAAGAGGAAGAAGAGGAAGAAGGGGAAGAAGAGGAAGAAGGGGAGGAAGAAGAGGAAGAAGAGGAAGAAGGGGAAGAAGAGGAAGAAGAGGAGGAAGGGGAAGAAGAGGAGGGAGGGGAAGAAGUGA